GUAGUUCCUUGUUCCUUUCGACUUCGUCCGAAGAGAACACCUGUGACAUCAUCAAGCCAAUCCACGAGCUCGGCUGGAUUCGACACAACAUUCCGGAGCGAAUCGGACGGGCUGGAGGGAUAUUGUCGAAGUCGACGAGCUGCAACAGAAACAAGAAUAAAGGAUGCAAACUUGAGUCCAACCGACAGUCGGCAGUUGGAAGGCACAAGCAGAACAAGGGUGAACGGAACUUGGAUGGAGUUUGUCCAAUCAUGGCUCCUAUGACUGACAAGGCUCCGCUAAUAGGUCUUCAAGAGCGGGAGAAAUCUCAAGAUGAACCUGUCAAGAAUGGAUCCAUGCCCAGUCCAACCACAUCCCAGCCACCAUCCAGAAAAACCAGCACCCACGAGAUCGUGUCAUGUUUUCGAAGUGGCGGCUCGAUCAAUGUACCGAGAAAGAUUUCCCAAGGCCCUCUCCAAUCCUUUAUUCCCAAAGGUGGGCCCACCAUGGAGAACGUCCAAGACGAAAUUAAGGCCAGAUUCCGGCGAGGCUACAGCAAAGUGAAGGCCGUCAACUCGUUCAAGGAUCAAGUGCCUCCCGUCAAAAAGGCUUUACCAAAGACCCAAGCCACAUCAGCUACACACCAAUGCAAAGAAACGACUAAUGCUGAGCGACAAACGGCAGAUGUGAUCAAUGAAAAGCCAUGCAAGGCUGCAAAUCCGAUUACCAUGAAACAAAUAAACCACACUGAUCACAUGAUAAAUGGUCCAUCAUAUGUCGGGAAAACAUCGUCACAUAUUCAAAUAUCUCAAGAUCACAUUGAACCCAUCUUGGUGACAAAGAAAACGUCUGCACAUACUCAGCACAAUGCACAAACAUGGCCGCUCGAUAUGCCGGUUUCGGAGGCAUCCAACCAUCUCCCAUCAAUAGAAAACCAGCCUGACCAGGCAGAAUCUUCUUUCCCACUCACUUCCAGUUCUUCUCGUCCACUUCGAUCCCUCCCACAAACCAAUCUCAAUCACCCUAAUCUUAAUUUAUCGUCUAUCACAGUGGUUCAAAACCUGCCCCUCGAAGAAAUGGGAGAUUCGCACAAGGCGUCCGAAGUCGUCGAGAUGGAAUCUGUCCGAGUGCCAGUCGACCCGAGAGUGGAAGAGAAAGUACAAAAACCUGAACUCAAUGCCGACAAGGAGAGUGAAUUGGACGAUGAGGACGAGAUUAAACCUGUCAAAGACAUCAUAGUCAAAAGGAAGCCCAAACUCCAGAAGAUUGAGACUGUCGACUCGAUCAACGAGCUUACUCCAAGUCCAUUGGUGGUGAGUGAUCUGCCCAAUAGAGGUAUUGUCAAUGCUCUUUUUAGUGCCAGUUUCGUGGCGGCUUCCGUUCUUCAGGCUCAAUACAACGAAGACGAUGAAAAUGGAGAUUCGUACGGGAUGCAGGUUCAAAACCCGGGAACAGCAAAAAUCGAUCGCUCGCAUAGACUCUCCACGGCCAAUAGUUUCGACUCGAACCACUGCAAGCAAAGCGAAGAUCUCUCCGACCUAAUCAAUAUUAACAAAGAUGAAGGCCUGGAACAAACAAAGGGAAAUUCUAUUCCUUCCACCAAGGUCGAGAGUUCACACAUGAUUGAGGAAGAGAAAGUCGACAAAAUCGGCAAGACGGCUCGAGAAGACAAUGGAAAACGGAAAUCACCCUCGCCCAUGACAGCCAUUUGGGAGCCAUCCAAUUUGGCCGAGUCUCAAGGGAUCUUGCCUGGAAUUGCGGAGCAUCCACAUGCAAAUCAAAGGUCAAAUGAUACCGCUCAAGCAGAUUGGCCAACGGAUCAAUCCCCGGUGGUGUCUCAACCCUCUGCCGGAAACGAACCUUCAAGGCCAACGACGUCCUUGGAAGGUGUCAGUCGGAGACGGAAGUUCUCGGAAGAGUUCAAGUCUCGCGCUCAAGACCGAGAGAAAAGAGUUUCUCGCUUAGAGGAGAUCCGUCAGAUGGAACGGGAAUUGGAGCCCAAAAAGCGCUCUGAGGAUGGAAUGGAUGAGGGAAACGUUCCUCCAGAAGCUGAAGUACGAUCUUGUAGUAAACAUUCUCGAUGCCAUUGUUAUCUGUUUUCGAUUCCUAACGCCUUCCGGAUGUAUGGUUUGAUAUCCUAAAUGUGAUGCACAAUUUGUAUUAACCUUUCUUACUCACGAUAGCCAGUCCAGUUUUUGAGAAUAAACUAUUCAUGAAUGUUUUCCCUAACCAAAAAACAAUAA